ACCUCUCAAGAAUCCUUGGUGUACGACCCUGAUCAGGAUGUCGAAAACAUACGCGCACUUCGAACGGACUAUAGAUCCCUCACCAAAAAAAUGGAAGAUCGAACAAGAUGUCGGAAAAGCAGACAUAUUAUUCAAGAAAGGCACUCCAACCUCGAAAUUAUCUUUGUUGUAGUGAGAGCACCUCAGGAAGCCGCGCUAGAUUCCGCUUUGUUGCUACUAGCUUCCGGCCUAGGAACACAAAAGGCCCGCGCAAUAAAGUGCGGGGGCGUAUCCUUCGAUGCUGAUGAAUUAGUCACCAGACUUGUCACAUUCAUGGGUGGUCGCAGGUUUGAAGACGUAGUCAACCAUGACUCUGACUCUGGUUCGGAAGAGGAAUAUCCCGAUACCACAAGGGCCCUUGAUUGGCAAAGGAUUGGACGCCGAGCUCUGGCAAAGAGCCGCAGAGUGCCUGCUCCAAGUUUCAUGCUUGGGCCGCUUUCUAUAGAGGUGAAAAAGCGCUCAGCCAAACGAGCGAGGUUGGAGAAGAAUAAAGAAGAUCAGCGAAGGCCACAAGAACUCCAGGAAGCAGACAUCGUACGGUCCGACAAUGAAACCACUAAGAACGUGAUUUGGUCAUUACUAGAGAGAACCGGAAGAAUCAAUCUAUUCCGCUUUGUCAUUAAUCCCCAAGAUUUUGCUCAGUCCGUCGAAAACAUCUUCCACCUGUCAUUCCUGUUUCAUGAAAGGAAAGCCGGUUUAGAGUUUCAGGAUGGAGAACAGAUUAUAUAUCCUUGUUUCGAGGAAGAUGCUCCAAUAAGGGACGAAGACGCCCCACGACGAUCCCAACUAAUCUUGGAAUUCGACUACACAACGUGGAAGCGGGCAAUAGAUGUCUUCAACAUUCAAGAUGCUUUAAUUUUUGACCGAAGACCAGACCGUGAAAAAAGCGACGUAGUUACAUGGCUAUCCUAA